CAUAUAGCUAAACACAUUAUAUAUUAGGGUUUUCUUCCUUUCUUUCCCCUUGUUCGAAAUUUACUUCUUAACUAAAAAUCUUGCAGAACUCCAACCAUGAGUAGAGGUGGGAGCUACGGGGGCGGUCAAAGUUCUUUGGGGUACCUCUUCGGUGUUGAUGAGCAGCCAAGAGCACCAACUGUAACACCACCGAUCCAGCCUCCAUAUGGUAUAGAUUUUACCCCGGAGAAGCCUCCGGCCCCAGAAAAACCAAGUUCAGAGAAACAGACACAGAAAAACGUCACCAACAACUACCAUAGGGCUCAAGGACAGAAUUCAGGGAACUUCAUAACAGAUCGUCCAUCAACAAAAGUCAAAUCAGUUCCUGGUGGAGAUUCAUCCCUGGGGUACCUGUUUGGAGACAAGUGAUGCUUCCUUCUUACAAGUUAAGUACGUGACUUGAAGGGAUUGAAGAUAACAGAUAAAUGGGUUUGAAAUAGUACAUCUACAAUAUUUACAAAAUAAGGGAUUCAAUUCCCAUAUCAGUGUUGAAUCUUUAUAGUAGCAUCGUGUGGGUAUUUAAUUUUUCAUAACUCUGUCCAAAAAAGAAAAAAAAAAAAAGGAUUUCAGUCAAGAACAAAU